UGAUUUUCGAAAAAAGGGAGUACUCAACUAUUCCAGACUUAGUUGGUGUAAGAGACAGAAAGCCGAUUACAGGGCCAUUUGUCUGGCUUCAGACGAUAAUGUAGUCUUAUAACCUAUUAGCUGUAGAGUUAGUAGUGCAUGUGUCUAAUGGCCGUGUUGCUAUCCCUGGCUGAACACAUCGUUCACCAUGACCAUGUAAAGGCGUGAAACAUUGUGACCAACCUUUCAGUUUCGUUUUCAAUGAAUAGAUAAGGUGUAACUACCCUAACCGGAAUCAAAAGAGCCCGAACCCGACAACCUAGAGAGACGUAAGAAAGAAGAAGAGUUGGCACACAACAGGUAGAAAUGGACAAAGAUACACCAAUGGAGCUGGACGCCACACCAGCAAGCAAUGGAUCCCCACUCUUACAGCAGGGCUUAUGGCAGUCAGCGACAUACCAACAGCAAGCCACUGAGGACGUGGAGAUGAGUGAUGAUGGGAACACGGACAGUCUUGCCGGCACGAGUGACCAGCAGGUCUCCACCACAGGGACACUCCUCGCCGCAGGAUCCUCCUCUGUGCUUGUAGAUAGGACAGCAACACAGGCACAGAAUCACAGCGAUGAACCCAAAAAUGCUACAUACCCUGAGGGUAUUCCCACAUAUGCAACGGCCAUAACUGAGCAACCUUUGAAAGAUACAUCAGCACCCAAUACAUCACAGCAUCUUGGACAUCAGCCCAUUGGAGAUACAUCAGCACCCUAUACAUCACAGCAUCUUGGACAUCAGCCCAGUGGAGAUACAUCAGCACCCUAUACAUCACAGCAUCUUGGACAUCAGCCCAUUGGAGAUACAUCAGCACCCUAUACAUCACACCAUCUUGGACAUCAGUACAGUGGAGAUACAUCAGCACCCUAUACAUCACAGCAUCUUGGACAUCAGCCCAUUGGAGAUACAUCAGCACCCUAUACAUCACAGCAUCUUGGACAUCAGCCCAGUGGAGAUACAUCAGCACCCUAUACAUCACAGCAUCUUGGACAUCAGCCCAGUGGAGAUACAUCAGCACCCAAUACAUCACAGCAUCUUGGACAUCAGCCCAUUGGAGAUACAGGGGGUCAGACGCAAAUGCAACAAUUCCAGGCUCCAGGACCGGCAGGAAAUCUGAUGGGGUUUCCAGGAGGAUGGCGUGAUGGGGCUAAAGGCCCGACGUCACAGCAGAAGCUCUCACGCCUGAGGUCCCAAGACCCGGAUGAAACGAAACCAUCAGAGGAUGAGAUGCUGUCUAAACCCCAGGAUGUUGCAGCAGUCAUUGUGGAAAUAGAAUGGGAAGUAAAAGAACAGCCACCAAAAUGGGAGAGAAUGGUAAAGAAGGCCCUGCAGUCAUUCUUCAACAAAGACUUGAAGGAGAUUGAACAAAGUAUUGAGGUCUCCGAUCUAUAUAUUUUGGACGCUCCAUUUUUAGCCAAGAUUAUAAUAAGCCCUUCAUCAGCCUGUGAAAUGCUGUUGAACAUGAAGUCAGCACCACUGAAUUUCAAGGAUAGAGAUGAAAAAGCCACUGUGCACUUCAGAACCACAGUGCCAGUAGAUGAGCCUCCAGUGUCAGCACCCAUACACAAAUAUGGAAGUUCUGUGCAAAAAACACAAGAGAUCCCAAUGACCGUGAGUGCUGUUGUGGAUGUCCGGAAGUUUGAAAUUCAGCUUGAGAAGAAACUCCUGUGCAUAUUUGAACAACACAAAACAGGGAGUCAUACUCUCACAGUGAAUGGGACCUUUGAAGAAGUGGAAGAAUUUUACAAGGAAUUCAACCAAGUUAUUGGACAGCCAGUAACAAGAAAUACCAACACUGUGUUUAAACACACCAACCCCAACCAGAUGGAGACCAGUAGAGAGCCUAUGAGGGUGCCACUGUUUCAGUAUUGGUACUUGAAUCAGAUGCAAAGGAAGGAAAUAGAACACAUUCAAGACAAACAUGGAGUGGCAAUCAAAGCUGAUGUGUGUGUUACGGUUGAGGAGACCAGUGGAGCCACCAGCGACUCAUGCACAGUUGCUACUAACGAAUUCAUCGACCUUUUCACAAAAUUUGCCAGUAAUAUUGUGACUGUUCCUGUACCCAGUGCGGCAUUGGAGUUGGUUCAGCGUUUGGAUACCAAACUCAUGCUUACUGCGUCUGCCCAAAGCUGCAUCCUGCUAGGGCCACCUGAUCAUGUAGCCGCAGCAGAGAGACUACUGAAUCAGCCGGCUAACAAGGAUGAUCCAAGAUCAGAGAGACCUGAGGUACAUUGGGACAAGGACCGAAACAAGAAUCCCCAUGGAGAAUCUAGAUGGAAUAGACCCAAAGCUAUUGAGAUGAACAUCAAGGACCCUCUCUCAUCCAAUGGCCUGUGCAUUAGUGAGACCCAUUGGGAGCUCAUGAAGAAUGCUUUCAAGAAGCAAAUUAAGGAUCUCAAGAAAAAAUUUGGUGUUGACUUCAAGGAAAAUAGCACCCAUGGUAAUGUAACUGUCAGCGCUCAGUCCACUGGGAUUCAAAUAGUCAAUCUGGAAGUGAAUGCCCUCAGGGCGCUGAUGUCUCUUUAUCAAAAGAUUGUCACAACAACUAUGAGCUGUCCUUUGCAAAACAUAUCUGACACCCAAACAAAGAUGGUAAAAGAGCAUCUAAGUGACAUCCGUAAACAGAACCCAUCUCUUGCUGUUGUGGAAAUUUCUGCUACCGGUGGAGCCUGGAUGAUGAUUGGCCUUCCAGAUCAUCUACGUUUUGCAGUAAAAGAAAUAGAGAAGAAGCUUGGUGGACCUGUCUUUGAUAGAAAACACAAGGACAUGCUUGGCUAUGAGCAAGAUGCUGAUUUCUUGAGACCAUAUGGCAAUGAAUCAGCAAAAGGGUAUGAACCACGAGCAGCAGCUAGUGGAUCAUCAGUGGAUGGAGCAAAAGGGUAUGAAGGAUGGGCAGCAGCUAGCGGAUCAUCGGUGGAUGGAGCAACCAGCAGUAGUGUGUAUGGAGAGAAUCAAAAACCAGGAGGAGCAGGAAGGAAGGAAACAAAAGAAUAUGAAAAGUGCAAAUGGGAGAAAGGAAAUGGUUCAACAGGAGGACCAAAUGACGAUCACAGAGCACCACCUGGAGGAAAAGAUGGAGGUGGAGAAGAAGAUAAGUGUCCCAUUUGCAUAGAUGAGUUUAACAAUGAGGUGAAGCUGUCCUGUGGGCAUUCUUUCUGUAAGGACUGCCUGAGACAAUCAGUGGAAAGUAUGGGUGCCACCUGCCCAGUGUGUAAAGACGUGUUUGGUAAAGUAGAAGGAGACCAGCCGGAUGGAACAAUGAAAAAUCGCAUUGACAGGUCCUCCGUUCCUGGGUAUGGACGAUGUGACACCAUCGUCAUUGACUAUAAUAUUCCCAGUGGGAAUCAGUCGAGCAGGCAUCCCAAGCCAGGACGGCCAUUCCAAGGUGCACAUAGAACAGCUUACCUACCAGACAACAAGGAAGGAAGGGAGAUACUUGCACUACUAAGAAGGGCAUUUGACCAGAGAUUGAUAUUUACUGUGGGCACCUCACGUACCAGUGGCCAGGAUGACUGUGUGACCUGGAACGACAUCCAUCACAAAACCUCCCAAUAUGGAGGACAACAAAGCUUUGGCUACCCAGAUGAUGGCUAUAUGAAGAGAGUGCGAGAAGAACUCAAAGCCAAAGGCAUUGAGUGAAGAAGCCUGUAAUAGUCUGACCCGAGGCUCCACAAUAACAAUGACCAAAGGCAAACUGCAAGAGUCUGUGUCUGUAUUUGCUGAAAAGAGACAUCAUUUUGUUAAGAUUACUGACAGAUUUGAUUAAUACAGUACUAUUUGCAUUGCAGUACACUAAAGAAAUGUCUAAUGUUUAAUCUGCUGAUAAUAAUCCCUACUGUCUCCUUUUAAUUUCUGGUGAUGGAGUAUCAUAUGCAAUAUAUUGGUGUAUACAAAUAAACAAUAAAUAAUGGAAAAAUCCUAAAAUUAAAAAGUAAAA